CAAAGGCGGGUUUAAUAAUCUAAGAAAACACAAACCCGAGUUUUAAUUAGGGAUUUAACAUUGAGAGGAAAAGGGCUUAGAUUCAGAAGCAGCAAAGGACUUUCAACUGUAGCAUGGCGACAACUACUGGACUUGAGUCUCUUGUCGAUCAGAUUAUUUCGGUGAUUACCAACGAUGGACGCAACAUUGUGGGAGUUCUGAAAGGUUUUGACCAGGCUACUAAUAUAAUCCUGGAUGAAUCUCAUGAACGCGUCUUCUCCACUAAGGAAGGAGUACAACAACAUGUGUUGGGUUUGUACAUUAUCAGAGGCGACAACAUAGGUGUUAUUGGGGAGCUGGACGAGGAGCUUGAUGCUAGCCUGGAUUUUUCGAAACUGAGGGCUCAUCCUUUGAAACCCGUCGUGCAUUGAUUGAAAAAUAGUUAUGACGAGUACUAAACAGAAGAGAAAGAUUGCAAACAGUUUGGAUUAGUUUGUCUUGGAGUUUGUGUGCUUUGUCUAUCCUAAGGUUCUAUGUCAAACGCUUUAGACUUCAUUUGCGAUCCUAGUGAGAGAUAAUUUUUAUCUUCUAAACCAGGUUUCCGUAAUGUUUUUCGGGAGCUUUUUUAUUCCAAUCCUUGAAGGCUGAAGCGAAUACAAAACU